AUGUCGCCAAACUUGUUCCUGGCCACACAGAAGCUCUUUUCUCCCCACAAAUGGUUCCGGAAUAGCCACUCACAGGAACGCUCCGUCAGAAAAACAGAGCACUGGGCUGAGCCCAAGCCAGGCCUCUAUGAGUACAUCCCGGGUCGAGGCUGGUACUUGGUUGCAAAACUGAAAGAAGCUUCUCAUGACAUUUCCGCAACGACCGCUGAGGGAGGACCAGUACAGGUCCCCCAGGACCUGCCCAAGGAGUACGAAAAGCUCGCCCGUCCGAUUUCUGCACACUGGUCACGUGUUCUGAAGCGGUACAUGCUGGAGGACGAUUACAAAUCUCGCAAGAAGUACGGUGCCAUCCAGAACGACCGCGGCAGGAACAUUGAAGUUGGCUUCUUCCGCCUUGAUAACGGUGUUGCAUGGGUCCAGUGCUGGGACCAGGAAGGCACUUUUAUACCUGGACCCUACAAGCUCUGGUGCAUCAGCCAACGCACAGGCCAAUUCAGACCGAUGCUGAAAGGCGACGAUCCCAAGUUUGCCGGCUCACGCAACAGUUCUCGCAGCGACUCACGUAAUCCUUCGUUCGAGCGCGAUGUCGAUAGCCAAAGCCAGGAUUCACGCAACACUGAGUUCUACGUCAGUACAUCCCAGGCGGCAAGCAACAGGGAUGGUCCUAGCGUACCCAAUACCCGACCCAACAGCAUCCGUAUGACGCCGUCUCACUCGACAUCAACAACUCACAGCCAGCCUGCUUCGCGCCGUUCAAGCCCCAGGCGCAACGGCAGCAUUGAGUACGAGAAAGAGAAAGCUGCUAUGCGCCAAAUGGCGAGAGACCACCGAGAGGCUUUGGUCGCUGCGGCGAACAAGUCGCGUACGGACUCGAAGACGGCUGUCGAGCGGGUUGAGCGCGGUCGUUCUGAUGCUACGAAGGAGGUUACCUCCAACUAA